GCACUCACCAGGCCAGUCUCCAGAGCUCCCGAACUUUUCCACGACUUCGGACCAACUUUGCAUCAAAAAACGACUGUGAACUGUCUCUUUUACGCACUGGACAGAGCAGAGGGUGGAGGCUUUUCAGAUGGGACAGACGCGCGGGACUACUGUGGAUUUCUCGUGUCUUGAGUGAUCACUUUUGGAAGUAAAAACCAUGCCGGAGCAGAUUAGUAUUUCCGACUUCGUGGUGCUGACGAACGAGGAUUUAAACUCACCGGGCACAUCCAGCUUCCAGGCCAAGAUGAGCGACUGUCGGAACACAGUGUGCGCGGUGGAGGAGGCUCUGGAGAUGGAUCACAGCACUCUGCACAAGAUGAAGAAGGGCAUCCGAGCCAUCCACACUUCAGGACUCGCCCAUGUGGAGCACUCGGAGCAGUACACGGAUGUGCUGGAGAAUCUGGGGAACAGCCAUCUGAGCCAGGACAAUCAUGAGGUGUCCACAGGCUUCCUCAACCUGUCUGUGUUCAGCCGCGAGGUCAGCGCACUGCUCAGGAACCUGGUGCAGAACCUCAACAACAUCAUGGCCUUCCCCCUGGAGAAUGUGCUGAAGUCAGAGCUCCGUGACAGCAGGCUGGAACUGAAGAAACACAUGGAGAAGAGCUGGAAGGAUUACGACCUCAAGAUAGGGAAACUGGACAAGGAGAAGAAAGAGAAAAGCCGAACACUGGGGUUGAUCCGCCUUGAAAGCCCUGACCAGGGGGAGGACAUAGAGAGGGAGAGGAGAGGCCUCCAGCUGCAGAUGUGUGAGUAUCUCCUGAAGAUCCAGGAGCUGAAGGUGCGCCAGGGCCCAGACCUCCUCCAGAGCCUCAUCAAGUACUUCCAGGCACAGCUCAGUUUCUUUCAGGAUGGACUGAAAGCUGCAGAAAAUCUAUCUCCAUUCAUCGAGAAGCUAGCCACCUCCAUUCACAAGGUCCGACAGGAGCAGGAUGAGGAGGUGAAGAAGCUGACCGAGCUCAGGGACUCUCUGAGGCUGCUCCUGCAGGUGGACGGGAAGGAGGAGUACCUCAACAGAAAGAACUCGGGGAAUGGCUACAGCAUCCACCAGCCUCAGGGCAACAAGAACUACGGCACUGAGAAAUCCGGCUUCCUGCUCAAGAAGAGCGAUGGGAUCCGUAAAGUCUGGCAGAAGAGGAAGUGUGGGGUGAAGUUUGGCUGUCUGACCAUUUCCCAUAGCACGAUAAACCGACCUCCAGCGAAGUUGAACCUGCUGACCUGUCAGGUGCGACCCAACCUUGACGACAGGAGGACCUUCGACCUGGUCACUCAUAAUCGCACAUACCACUUCCAGGCUGAGGAUGAGCAGGAGUGUAACAUCUGGAUGUGGGUGCUGCAGAACAGUAAAGAGGAGGCUCUGAACACAGCUCUGGGGGGAGAGCAGCUCCAGAGGGGCGGCCUACACGAGUUAUCCCGCUCCAUCAUCACCGAGCUCAGGCACAUGCCCGGCAAUGACGCCUGCGCUGACUGUGGCGCUCCAGAGCCCACAUGGCUGUCCACUAACCUGGGCAUCCUGACGUGCAUCGAGUGCUCUGGGAUCCACAGGGAGCUGGGCGUGCACUACUCCAGGAUCCAGUCACUCACACUGGACUUCCUCAGCACCUCUGAGCUGCUGCUGGCCGUCAGUAUUGGCAACACGCGCUUCAACGACAUCAUGGAGGCGGGGCUUCCCAGUGAUUCGGUCAAACCUCUGCCAAACAGCGACAUGAAUGCCAGGAAGGAGUACAUCGUGUCGAAGUAUGCAGAGCGGCGGUACGUAGUGAGGAGAGAAGAGGCGGACCCGGGCAGGCUGUAUGAUGCGGUCAGGAGUCGUGACCUUUGCUCCCUGCUGCAGCUGUACGCUGAGGGGGCUGACCUGGUCAAGCCCCUGUCCACCCCCGACAUAGCGAAGCUGAAGGAGACAGCCUUGCAUCUGGCUGUGCGUUUGGAGGAGAAGAGCUCCCUGGCUCUGGUGGACUUCCUCUGUCAGAACAGUAACUGUGUGGAGAAGAGGACGAACGAGGGGAACACCGCUCUGCACUACAGCGUCUUGUAUCACAAACCAGAGUCACUCAAGUUACUGCUCAAGGCUAAGGCUGCCCUGCACACAGUGAACGCAGUGGGGGAGACUGCUCUGGACAUGGCCCGCAGGCUGCAGCGCACACACUGUAUAGAACUGUUGGAGCUGGCUCAGAGUGGGCAGUUUAACUCUCAGAUCCAUGUGGAGUUUGCGUGGGAGAGUCCAAGUCAGGAGCUGUACGACAGUGAGGACGACCUGGAUGAGAAGGUGAGCUCGUCACCCAAAAGCCGUGGUUCUCCUGCAGCCGGAAAUGGAAACACAUUUGCCCGCUGGAGUGUGGCUAACACUAGCACUUCCCCCAGCACCCGCCCCUGUCAGACCUACGAGAACCUGGACUUCCUCUACAACAGCACCUCCGCUGGAGGAGGCACGCCCCCCCCACCUCUGCCAGCGAAGGCCAUACAGAGAGGCCGUUCGGACCCUCAGAUCUCCGUGUCCUCUCAGGACUCCAGCAAGAGCUCCUCCAGCCCCCAGAGCCAGCCCCGACACAGCCCCACAGUCCCCAGAAGCCAGAGCGGGAGGGCACCCGGAUCUCCGCAGAGCCAGGGCAGAGGCGGGAUGGCACCUGACUCACCGCAGAGUCAGGGCUGUCUGCAGGCGAGGCUGAGGCCUUCAGGAGAGGGCCAGACUUGGGCAGGGUCAGGGGCACAAGCAGCCCCCUCCACAAGUAACCACAAAGGGCCUGUCAGUUCACAGAAGACCACAUCCUACCGGAGGACCAGCGGUAUAGGAACACCCCAGCCCAAAGUGCUGUCCCCCACUGCCCAGGGGACUGCCCAGGGGACUGCCCAGGGGACUGCCCAGGGGACUGCCCAGGGGACUGCCCAGGGGACUGUCCAGGGGACUGUCCAGGGGACUGCCCAGGGGACUGCCCAGGGGAGUGUCCAAUGCACUGCCCAGGGGAGUGUACAGGGGAGUCUGGAGGAGCUGUACUGUAGUCUGCAAUCCUCCUCUCCUGCUCCCUCUUCAUCCCCCUCCCCCCCCUCCUCCUCCACUGCCUCCUCUGCCUCCUCUUCCUCCUCUGGGACAGCACUGAAUCCUGCCCCCCGCACUCGCAGGAACGCCAUGGUGUCGGGCAGUAGGCCUCAUCAUAGACGUGUGCGCGCUCUGGUGGACUGUAGAGCUGUGAGUGCAGAACACCUCGCCUUCUUCAAGGACGAAAUCAUCAUUGUCACAGGGAGUAGUGACCCCCACUGGUGGGUGGGCCACAUAGAGGGAGACGUGUCCAGGACCGGCACAUUUCCAGUCAACUACGUUCUCAAACUGACAUGAGCCAGGAGAAUGUAACAGGUCAUGUGAGAGCGCCCCCUGUCGUACCGCGCUCUACCCAUAGGUCAUUUGGGAGAACCCGCCGUUCUCCCACAUAUAAAUAAACUGAACACUCAAAGGGAACUACACCUGGAAUUCUUGCACUUUGAACUCUUUGGAGCCUAAGGACUGAAAGGGAGAUUACACUGCUUUUCCUGUAGAGGGCAGUGUUUGCAUGGGAUCGUUAACAUCAUUUUAUUGAACCAGCAACCCUCAAGAGUUUUAUAUUGUGAAUAUUUUUGUCCUAUUUAUAAAAAGGACAAUUUGAUGCCGUUGUGUCACUUAUUUCAAAUACUAAUUCUAGAUCAGAUCUACAAAUCAAACCAGUUUUACACAGGCCCCUGUGUGAGAGCAGGAAUGUGCAGAAAUGCCACAUAAAAAAAUGGGUGUAAAAACCAAAAAAUCAGAUGCUAUUCCUGCACAAACACAUAUUAUAAACAUGGGAUCCUGUCGCGUCACAGCAAGAAAGUCCUGGGUUCGAUUCCGUGGAGAUGGGAGGCCUGUCUGUGUGGAGUUUGCAUGUUCUCCCCAUGCCAGGUGCUCCAGUUUCCCCUACAACUAAAAACAUGUACAUCUAACAUGUUUCCUGGAUAAAUAAAUGUCAAUAAAUAGAUCUGAUCUGUAGCAUGACCUGGUGGUGUCUUGUCUACAUGAAGAUGGAGACGUUUAAUACCAUACUGUGGAAUAUUCCUGGCAUUCCAUAUUCUCCAUAAAAGUGUCUUAGAAAUAAACUGACAUAACGUAUUUGCUGUAACUUACACUUAAAACUAAAGCGUAAACAGACCCCUACCGGACAGUUGACACUGUACCUAAUACCUUCUGAAGGAAAACUGCAGCUAAGUGUGAUGAUUGAGCUGAUUUGGCCUUUCUGUUUAAACAAAGACUGCUGACAAUUUCUGGCUGCAGCACUUUAAACAGUGAAAGGUCUGCUCUGAUCUGUCCACCAGUCUGUCUCCUAUUGUCUGUCGUCCACUGUCACCCGAGUUGCCAGCGCCAUGCUGGAUCAUGUCCAGACACAAGAGGAGGAAGAUGAGGACAGAGCGACAAACAUACAUACAUGAAAUUGAACGUUGUUAGCCACACCUCCAUUUGGCUCCAUUCUGGAACAGUUGAGGGUUUACUUAUAGUCCAUGUUUGGACAUACAUUGCUUGGCCAAAAAAAAAAGUCGCUACCAAAAAAAAAGGUCAGCACAUCACAAAGAUCCUCAAUGGGGUUAAGGUCUGGACUUUGUGGUGGACAAUCCAUGUGUGAAAAUGAUGUCUCAUGCUCCUGAACCACUCUUUAACAAUUUGAGCCCGAUGAAUCCUGGCAUUGUCAUCUUGGAAUAUGCCCGUGCCAUCAGGGAAGAAAAAAUCCAUUGAUGGAAUAACCUGGUCAUUCAGUAUAUUCAGGUGUCAGCUGACCUCAUUCUUUGAGCACAGAUUGUUGCUGAACCUAGACCUGACCAACUGCAGCAACCCCAACCUAUUUGUUUAGUUAAAUCCAGGUGGUGACUUUUUUGGCCAGGCAGAGUAUUUCUUAUUCUGUCAACUGGGCACAUAUUUCAAAAGUUGUCAUGUAUAUCACCAGAUCUGACACAUAAGUGGUUUGUGGUAAAGCUUGAGCAGUUUGGUGUGAGUGUCAAAAGAUGUGGAUAAAUCAUUGUAAAUAUGUUUUUAAAUAUGUAAAAUAAAUAUACUCUGCUCUAU